AUGAAAAUAUUUUUUAUAAUUUUAAUUUUAAUUUCUAGUUUUUUAAUUUUAAAUUGUAAAGGUCAGGGAUGUACUCAAUUCCUUUCACAAUUUAAGGAUCCAAAGAAAUGUAUUCAAAUUUCAAUUGCUGGUGUUAAUAGCCAAUCAAUGUCACAAGAGGGAUAUAAAGGAAAUUUAAUUUUUAAGAAUGGAUUAUUAGUUAAUAAUGGUUCUAUCAUUAAUUUACAAACAUAUGAAACAACUUGUACAUCUUAUCGUAAAUUAGUACAACCAUUCUUUGCUGAUCAAUUCCAAAUUAAUGAUUUUUCAAUUUCAUUUGAUGGAAAUAUUAAAUUUGGUGGAGUUUCUAGAAAAUUAUCUUGUUUAUAUUCAUCUGAAGGUUUUGCAUCUUUUAAAUCAAGUUAUUACCUUUAUUCACUUACUAUGCGUUCGUAUGAUAGUUGCCCACCACUAUAUUAUGGUGAACCAUGUAGACAAUAA